CUAUAUGUACUUUUCACCAACAUACCAUGUAUACUUUAAUUUCUGUUAAUUUAAUAUUCAGAUGAUAUUAAAAACACAUAAAAUAUUUACUCUCAUAAGUAGGACAAAGAUGUUAUGGAGGACAAGUCCAUCUCAAAUAAGACGCCAAUAUGGCAAAACUGUGUGCAUUGCCCAAACCUGCUGUUCGAUACUGCCACGGAAUUCGAAAGACAUAUUCAAGAAAAGCACAGUAUUAAAGAGGGAACUAUCAUAUUAUGUCAAUAUGGGCAAAAUGGCAUAUGUUCAGCAUUACAAUUUGGAGAUUUACGAAAAGCAGGAUUCAAAUAUCAUGUAAGACAAUACCACGUUUAUAAGACUAAUACGAAUGAUGAUUGGACAUUUUACUCGUCAUCACAGAAUCUGCCUGCAGUUCUAAAUGAUCCUAAUAAAGGAAAACAAAGUAAUUUUUUUACAAAAACAUGGGGUGAUGGUUUUAUAGAGAAAGUAGAAAUUUAUCCUAGUCCAUAUUUACCGGAAAUAUGUUUAUUACAUUUUGAGUCAUAUUGUAAGAAAAUUUCUAGAAGAUAUAGAAGACAUUGUCAAAUUAAAGAAAAUUUGCCGAAUAAAACUAGAACACCUGUUAUAGAAACUGUUUGUGAAGUACCAAAUAUUUUCUAUGAUCAAUCCUUAGCACUUAAUGAUCCAAAGGUAUUUUGUAAAGUAUUUCCUGGACUUUCAAAUACACAAGAUAUUAACUCUACUAUAAGAUCAUUACAAGAAACAUUAAGCACGUACCUUGAUGUAGUUGAAAUGAAAAUAUCAAAACAAGUUGCACAGAAAUCAGAUGCCUUCUUCCAUGCAAUGCUUUCACAUGAUACUAUUAUGGAACAAAUGGCAAGAGCUGUUAGAACAGUCCAAAAUACAAGAAAAGAUAUUAAAGAUGUUAAACAAAAUCUCAGCGAGAGUCCAUUGAAGUUAAUUAGUUUGACAAGAAUAAAUCAAAAUCUUAAUAAAGUGCAUGAUCUUUUAAAAUUAAUGGGUACAGUUCAGCAAACACAACCAAUGAUUCAACUUCUUCUAAGCACUUCGGACUAUGUUGCUGCCUUAGACUUAAUCAGUUCUACACAAAAAGUAUUAUCAACACGUUUAUCAGGUAUUCAAGCUUUUCGACAUUUAUCUCCUCAGCUGACAGAAAUGAAAAGAUUAAUACACAAAAUGUUAAGUAAUGAAUUUUUAAGAUUUAUUGUAUCAGAUCUCAAUAGACCUCUUAAAGACCAAACAGAUUUGCCAGAAAGAGAUAAAGUAGUAUCUAUUGUAUCAGGAAUUCUUCGUUUAAAGGAAUUUGAUUUUCUUGACAUUUUUAAAACAGAAGCAAUGACAUCAAUUCAGACUACUAUUAAACAAUGUCUGGUAGAAAUUGUGUCAGAGAGGGAUGGUAGUACAGAAAUUGUAUUGAGGGGUUCAAAUAGCGACACAUGGCUACUUUGUAAUGAGGGGAUUACCUUUCUUCAGAAAGUUACACCAAACUUAGUAAAUUUAUUUAAAAGAAUUUUAUCUAUAAGCAAUUUAAUUCUAGAUAUAAGCCAAAUGGGUGAUAUAGUAGGGAAUGACAAUGAAGAAAUUUGGACACAAGAAGAAUUGCUUUUAAUAGAAGAAAAAGUAAAAAAAGUUAUUAUCUCUCUUUCUGACUACAGUAAUGAAAGGUGUGCCAAUCUUAUAGUCACAAAGACUGAUAAGGAAUAUGCAUUAACAGAUCUAUCGCAAUUAUCUAAAUUAUCUGACUUAAUAGAUCAUUUUUCUAAGGAAUGUGCAAAAAUAACAGGACAUUAUAGUAGUGCAAUGAAACUGGCAUUAAGGAGUUUUGCUAUGAAAUACAUUCAAAAUUUGCAUUCUGAACGAAGAUCACACCUUACUGCUGCUCUGAAUGGUGAAAGGUGGAAAGUUGCAGAUGUACCAUGUGAGCUACAAAGUGUUAUAAAUAAAAUAUGUGAGGUUGGUGAAAUCCCUCUUGUACUAAAUUAUGAAAGUGGAAAACCUGAUGGAAAAUAUUUAAUUAUCAACAAAGAAAACUAUGCUGUAGUUUCUACAGUGCAACUACUAAUCAAAAUUUUACUAGAAUACUGUGAUGCAACCAAGCAAUCACCAGAUAUAGUCCAAUACAUGGUACAUUGCAUGCUAGAACUUAUUAGAAUGUUUAAUUCUCGGUGCUGUCAGCUAGUAUUAGGUGCUGGUGCAAUACAGAGUGCAGGUUUGAAAACAAUUUCCACUUCAAAUUUGGCUUUAGUGUCAAGAUCUUUACAAGUUAUUCUAUGGCUUUUACCUUUAAUAAUGAAGUUAUUGGAAAAAAUGCACUCAAAAGAGGUUUCAUUAAGUGGUUUUACUAGCCUAGAAAAUGAUAUAGCUUUGCAUAAAAAAGAAAUUGAAAGUAAAAUAUGCUUGAUUGUAAGUAAUAUGCUAGGUUCUCAGCUGGGAGGCUGGGAAGCCAAACCUCCUGUUCCAUCACAAACAUUCCGAAAUAUAUCAAAACAUUUAGUGAAACUUCAUGAAGCUCUUAUUGAUAUUUUGCCACUAGAACAAAUUAGUAAUAUAUAUAUGAAAGUGCAUUAUAACUUUAAAGACAAAUUGAGAGAACAAUUGACAAAGAUGAAUAUAGUUGCAAAUGGUAGUCCUCAACAUGGUGUUGUUACCUCCGAGUUAACCUUUUAUUUACAGACUCUCAAAACUCUUAGAGUGAUUAAUGAUAAUGAUACUGAAAAUGAUAAUAUAUUAUAUGACAUUUGGUUAAACUAAAGAAUUAAAACAUUAUAGCAUUUUAAACUGGAAACUUAGUUGGAUUAACUUUUUAAAUACAAAUUAUCAAAAAUAAUAAAUAUAAAUA